ACUAGGGCAUCUGCCGAGGUGCACGCAAAGCAUCUAAUGAGGGCAGACAAGAAAGCGUUGAUACACAUGGAUGUACCGGAGAGUGUGCUGGCGAGCGGUACCGCUGGUGUGCAUGACUACGGCCCUGAGGCGAGCACCCAAUGGGAAGAGAGAGUCGGCUACUACUCCAUCCCUGACAAGAAACUGGCAUCAGCGAUGAAAGAACGUAACCACCAGAACCAAGUCAUCUCCACCAUGAACGAACAUAAUCUCAGCGAAUGGGACGACGCCGAAAAAAUUGUCAAACGGACAUACGACGAAACAGCGGAGACUAUACGAGCCGAUAAUACAGCGGCGCGUAUCAUUGCGGAGAGAGCGGCUGAGGUCACGAUUGGUGCGGAGACGCCAGUUAUAUUUAAUUCGAAGUCGACGGUGUUUGAACUAGGGAAUGGACCUGAGAUGCAGUACGCUUUCAAGGGAGGUGCGUAUGGGAGGUUGGCUGGGUAUAAGAGCGGAUUGGUGAGGUAUCAGGAGGACAGGCAGGGGGGCGGCCCGGGUGGUGGGGGGAGAAGUUGUUGGUGGAGAUGUCAGUUGCUGUGAGAAGGGACAAUAGAGUACUGGCAUUCUACUAAAAUAUAGGGCCUGAAUGGGCGUGUCGGACAGAUUUCUUUUGUUCUCUAUUAUGCUAAAAUCUCAAUCCUAGAUAUAUUCAGUUAUAGGAUUGUAUUUUAUAACUUGAUCUACAAUUUUAUU